UUACUGCGUCACAUGUGCAAAUGCUUUCGAUCAUCGAGCAUCGCUACAUUAUGUACUUAGUGCAAUGAAAAUAGAAGUUCUCAUACCACCCCUGUGAUUCCUUAAAAAUAGAUAUUUUAAAGAUAGUCAUUGUCAACAUAUAAUCAACGAAUUCGAAUAAGUCUGCUCACGUUUUUGUAUUGUCAUUACAAAGUCUCGCGUUAUUUUGGUCAGUGUGAGAAAAUGAAAUUCAGUGAUGCAGAGUGGUGAACAUGAUUCAUCUAUAAUAAAUUGACUCGAAAAAAUUAAAUCGGUUAUCAAUUAUGGAUAACGUAACAGGAAUAUUACGAGCUAUGUGCUGUGGGUUUACGGACAGUCUCAAGGGUGCAAUGGUACUUUUCUACAUGGAUAAGCAUAUUAAUGAACGACUUAAAGCAUCGCCUAGUGCAACCCAUAGGAAAGAUGCUAAUUCAAGCCCAAAAAUUGGGUUAAAGGGACAGAGAGAAUCCAAAAUAUUAAAAAGAACGAUUCAAUGCUGUGCUUUAAAUGGCGGAGUUUUUUGGGCGAGCAUACUUAUCUUCGAAUGUGGAUUAUUGCCAUUUUUAAAAUAUUCAUUAACUAUUGUUUUUGGGCAUUCACCGGGUAUGGGAGUGAUGGUUUGGUCAUGGACACAUCCAUUUUUAUCAUUGACAUUUGGUACUGUUUGGGUUCUACCACUUUUUUUAUUGAGUAGAAUAGUGAACAGCUUGUGGUUUCAGGAUAUAGCAGACAGUGCAUACAGAUACAGACAGGGAAGACCUCUCCUACUGUCGAGUGUUAGCAAACUGAUAGCUGAUACGCUCUUCAGUAUUCUCGUUCAGGCGCUAUUUCUUUGCCAGGGUAUGCUUGUAUCGAGGAUACCAAUACCACCCAUUGGUGAUAUACUUGCACUAAUACAUAUGUGCCUUUUAUAUGCUCUGUAUGCAUUCGAGUAUAAGUGGUUUAAUAUGGGUUGGGAGCUCCACAGACGGCUCACAUUUAUUGAAGCCAAUUGGCCAUAUUUCGUUGGCUUUGGUCUGCCUUUAGCUGUUUUAACACAAAUGCCAAAUUCUUAUGUUAUUAGCGGUUGCGUAUUUUCAAUUCUAUUUCCAUUGUUCAUUGUCAGCGGAAAUGAGGCUCAACCAGUGACAGGAACCUGUGAUUGCCCCUUAAAAUUAUUUUCUCCUGUCAUUGCCAUCGCCAACACCCUCUUCAAUAAGACCAUCGGACCAGCACAGCAUCGUGUAACCGGUGUGGACUGAGGGUUCAGCUUUAUUUCUAUUGUUAUUGCUCUCCUUCCACUGUAAUAUGAAACAUUAUGACUAGAACUGAAGAUUACUGCCAUUUGCAAUGUUCAUUGAUAGUAAUGUAAUCUAUCAUAUCGCUGUAGCAGUCUUACAUUUUAUAAAUUGUAAAUCAUGGGAUGGAGAAUUAUUGCAUAAUUGUUUCUACAAAUUUUAUUGAAUGAAUGGAGGCCGAAAGACUCUUCAAGAAACUUUGAAUAAUGGAAUGGAAAAACACAAGCAAAUGUAAAUAUCAAUAUGUUUAUUUAUUUUAUUAUUUCAUAUUCCAUAUGAAUUAUUGCUUUUUUAUAUUAUUAUACAUUAAAUAAACUAACAACAAA